GCGAGCGCAGGAAACUGGAGCAGCGACAAACUCUAACCUCGCUGUUAAUUUUUGUUUUAACUCUUUUUUAUCCAUUAAUUAUUGUUUUCUGAGGUCAGACCGGCCGUCGAAAGACUUUAUUUGCGGCUAGUAUCGUUUAAAGGUCGCUUUGGGCUUUUAAAGUGGUGGAUUUGUACUUUUAUCCCGGUGUUUUUCCUCAUGGAUCAGAUGGUGACGCGUCAGAAUAAUUGACACCAAUAAACGCGUUUCCUUUAUUCAUAUUUCCAUAAAGCAACACGUCGCUGAGCGCCGGUUUUAACUGUUGAUUUUAAACGCGAAACUCUUUUAUUCCUGGGCUGAAACGAGGAUAUUUGAGAUUAUUCCUACUUUAGCUGCUAAUGCUAACUAGCGCAGGCCGCUGUUGGAGUUUAUUUAUAUAUGAGUAUUUUAGUAUUUAUGUGAUUUAUAUGUGUAUUUGAGAGUAUGAAUAUUCAUGAGAGUACGAUGGAAGUCUUUUAUUGAUCAGUGAUGUCUUCUCCAUCACUUAAGACUCGGGUCUCUAGUCAUGAGUGAUGUUUCUCACUCUUUAUGAAGGCCUCGGUUAUUUUCCUAAUUUUUCUUUAUUAUUUUCCCUGCUCAUUUUCGUCAGAUCUCUUUCUUUAAAGUGACAGGGGACUCAUUUGACUCAUGCUGUCGAGUUUGAUGGCUUGACGAACAGUUAGCGUCAUAGUUGAUCUUUUAAAUGUGUUAGCUGUGAUUGAACUGGACACAACCGAGAAGAGGAGACAGAAGUCCUGCAGAUAAUCAAGAUGAUGUGCGAGGUGAUGCCCACCAUCAGUGAGGCAGAGGUCUGCAGUGCGGGCGGGGCUCUGGGCUCCGGGUCCCCAGUGCAGGCGGACUCUGAGGGCCACUUUGAGUCUCUGAUGGUGUCGAUGCUGGAGGAGCGAGACCGGCUGCUGGACACACUGCGGGAAACACAGGAGAACCUGUGUGUGGCCCAGAGCAAACUCCACGAGAUCAGCCACGAGAGAGACUCACUGCAGAGACAGCUGAACAGCGCACUGCCACAGGAGUUUGCUGCUCUGACAAAGGAAGUGAACAUGUGUCGAGAGCAGCUACUGGAGCGAGAGGAGGAGAUUGCAGAGCUGAAGGCCGAGAGGAACAACACACGCCUGCUGUUGGAGCAUCUGGAGUGUCUGGUGUCUCGGCAUGAGCGCUCCCUCAGGAUGACGGUGGUGAAGCGGCAGGCUCAGUCUCCCGCCGGCGUCUCCAGCGAGGUGGAGGUGCUCAAAGCCCUCAAAUCCCUCUUCGAGCAUCACAAGGCCCUGGAUGAGAAGGUGCGCGAGCGUCUGCGUGUGGCUCUGGAGAGAUGCAGCAUUCUGGAGGAGCAGCUGACGGCCUCACACAAAGAGCUUAUGUUCAUGAAGGAGCAGAACAGUCAGAAGAAGCUGAUUAUUGACGCAUCAGCAGAAAUCAACCACAGCUCUGACGCCACACCAAACGCUAACGGCAAGCAGCGUCUCUCAGAUGUGUCCAUGGCUCUGGAUGCGGGCAGUGUGUCUGACGGGGAUCUGCAGGAGCUGAUGGAGCGUCAGAGUAAAGAGCUGCUGCUGCUGAAGGAGCGAGUGGCGUCUCUGAUCAGCAGAGAGUCUGAGCUGGAGGAGGAUCUGGACACGGCCCGCAGAGACCUCAUCAAGAGUGAAGACGCCAACAGCCGACUGCAGAGGGACCUGCGAGAGUCUCUGGCGCAGAAGGAUGAUAUGGAGGAGCGCAUCACCACGCUGGAGAAGCGCUACCUGUCGGCUCAGAGGGAAGCCACGUCUGUGCACGACCUCAACGACAAGCUGGAGAACGAGAUCGCCAACAAGGACUCGCUGCUCUGCCAGCUGGAGGAGAAGAGCCGUCAGCUGCAGGAGAGGCUGGAGUUGGCGGAGCAGAAGCUCCAGCAGACGCUCCGUAAGGCCGAGACGCUGCCCGAGGUGGAGGCAGAGCUGGCGCAGAGAGUCGUGGCCCUCACCAAGGCGGAGGAGCGUCAUGGUAAUGUGGAGGAGCGUCUGCGGCAGAUGGAGGCGCAGCUGGAGGAGAAGAACCAGGAGCUGCUGAGGGCGCGUCAGCGGGAGAAGAUGAACGAGGAGCACAACAAGCGUCUGUCGGAGACGGUGGACAAACUGCUGUCAGAGUCCAACGAGAGGCUGCAGCUGCACCUGAAGGAGCGCAUGACGGCGCUGGAGGACAAGAACGCCCUGAUCCGAGACCUGGAGCACACCAAGAAGAUGAUCGAGGAGGCGCACCAUGAGAAGGAGCAGCUGCUCAUCCAGAUCGAGACCAUGAGGACGGAGCACGAGCGGGGCCGCAGUAGGAGCAACUCUCUGCUGCAUCAUGGCCGUUCCCACAUGAGCGGGACUCCAGAUUUCCGGUACCCGGUGUCGGUGUCGUCAGCGAUGGACAGUCAGUACAGCGGAGCGCUGGUGCUCAGGAGACCUCAGAAGGGGAGAGUGUCUGCGCUCAGAGACGAGCCGUCCAAGGUGCAGACGCUGGACGAGCAGGACUGGGACCGGCUGCAGCAGGCUAAUGUUCUGGCUAAUGUAGCGCACGCGUUUGAGAGCGACAUGGACAUGUCAGACGUGGAGGACGACAGAGAGACGGUCUUCAGCUCCAUGGACCUGCUGUCUCCUGCUGGACAGGCGGACGCUCAGACGCUAGCGCUAAUGCUACAGGAGCAGCUGGACGCCAUCAACAAUGAGAUACGGAUGAUCCAGGAGGAGAAGGAGUGUACGACGAUGCGGGCGGAGCAGAUCGAGUCUCGGGUGGGCAGCGGUGAUGAUCUGGGCAGCCGCUUCCGCCCGCUGCCGCCCUCCUUCCACAGCUCCGCCCACAGCGAGGCGUCGCCGCCCGGAUCAGGACACUCCACCCCCCGCCGAGAGCUGGACCGGAUGGGGGUCAUGACCCUGUGCGCUCAGGAUGAUAAAGCCACCAUCCGCUGUGAGACGUCUCCUCCCUCCACCCCGUCCUCCAUCAGGCUGCACAGAGGAGCGCUGCACACCUCCAGCCAUGAGGACCUCCGGGACCCCCGCAGUGCGGGGCUGCAGGACGGAGCCUCCAGUAACCCCAGCAGCAGUAACAGCAGUCAGGACUCCCUCAAUAAAGGCACCAAGAAGAAGAGCAUCAAGUCCUCCAUCGGCCGCCUGUUCGCCAAGAAGGAGAAGAGCAGAGCUACUGCGGGCCGAGAGACUGCUGCGCCAGCUCUGGCAGGAACAGCAGACGGCGCCGGCUCUCAGGACUCCAUGACCCUCAGUAAGCUGGGCCCCGCAGAGAAGAACCGCAAACUGCAGAAGAAUCGUAGCCCACAGUCAGGGCAUGAGCUGCUGGAGGAGGCGUGUCGUCAGGGUCUGCCCUUCGCUCAGUGGGACGGUCCUACAGUGGUGGUGUGGCUGGAGCUGUGGGUGGGGAUGCCCGCCUGGUACGUGGCGGCGUGUCGUGCCAAUGUGAAGAGCGGCGCCAUCAUGUCUGCGCUGUCGGACACAGAGAUCCAGCGGGAGAUCGGCAUCAGUAACCCACUGCACCGGCUCAAACUGAGGCUCGCCAUCCAGGAGAUCAUGUCCCUCACCAGCCCCUCAGCCCCGCCCACCUCCAGAACGUCUUCAGGGAAUGUGUGGCUCACUCAUGAGGAGAUGGAGAGUCUGGCUGCGACGCCGCCCACGGAGGAUGAGGAGGGCAGCUGGGCACAGACUCUGGCCUAUGGGGACAUGAACCACGAGUGGAUCGGGAACGACUGGCUCCCCAGUCUGGGUCUGCCGCAGUACCGCAGCUACUUCAUGGAGUCGCUGGUGGACGCCCGCAUGCUGGACCACCUGACCAAGAAGGACCUGCGCAGCCAGCUGAAGAUGGUGGACAGCUUCCACAGGAACAGUUUUCAGUGUGGUGUGAUGUGUCUGAGACGGCUGAACUACGACAGGAAAGAUCUGGAGCGCAGACGAGAGGAGACACAGACUGAAGGCAACGAUGUGCUGGUGUGGACGAAUGAGCGUGUGGUGAGCUGGGUGCAGGCGAUCGGGCUGAAGGAUUACGCUGCUAAUCUGCUGGAGAGCGGCGUUCACGGAGCGCUCAUCGCCCUCGACGACGCCUUCGACCACAACGCCCUCGCCCUCCUGCUGCAGAUCCCUACACAGUGCACUCAGGCGCGGGCUCUGCUGGAACAGGAGUACAGGCAGCUGCUGAGUGGCGGGACGGAGAGACGGCAGGAGGAGGAUGAUGAUAAGAGUUUCCGGCGCGCUCCGUCCUGGAGGAAGAAGUUCAGGCCUAAAGACGUGCGCGGUGUGAGCGUGAGCGCGGCGGACACACUGCCGGCCAGCUUCAGGGUGAGCGCAGGAGACGCCAACACUGCUGCCCUCAUCAACAGGAAAACACAGCUGGACGGUGGUGUGAGUGGAGUUCAGCGUCUGGAUGCGGCCGCUGUCAGGACAUACUCCUGCUGAUCUGACCAGGUGAUCCGGCUGAUCCUCCCUCCAGCACACACACACAGGAGCGCUCUGCUCUCUCGCUGUUACAGUGAUCUUCAUCAUCAUCAUCAUCAGGACACAGAGGCUGUGUUUCCUCCGCUCGUCUCUCUCUGUUUGACUUCUGAUUUGAUUUGGUCACUUUAGUAUUUUAAUCUUGCGUCGUCCUAAUCCUCUUCCGCUCUGCUAGAUGUAUAAUUGAGUCUGCACCUCAGUAGGCGUCCCCUCUUGUGUUUGUCCUCCUCAUAGCUGAUUCCCCCAGCUGCAGGGCUGUGUGUGAUUCUCCUUACGCUGGUCCUGCUAGUGACCCGAGUGGAUGGCGUAGUGUGCAUAUUCUGCGGUUGGUACGUGUUUUAUAUCCUGUGAUACCAAAAUGGAACCCUUGAGAAGCCAUAAUCUGAUCAUCAUGAGGGCUAUUUUGGAGAAAUCUUUAUACAGAUGUGAUUUAAUGCCGGGUGUUUUAGCCCAGAGCCUGGCGGUGCAUCCAUUCCCUGUGCGUGCGUGCGCGUGUGUGUGUGCGUGCGUGCGUGUGUGCGUGUGUGUGUGUGUGUGUGUGUUCUCCAGUGUUGUAGAUGGACCAAUCCUCAGUGGCCUACGCCUCGACCUUUGACCCUGUUUUUACCACUGUACUGAAGCCUUAUCUUUGUAGCCGCUCCUAACGUUUGACUGAUCUUUUCUAUGGUAUAUAUGAUAAAUCAGAAUAUCAGCCUUUAUGUAGACUCGUCAUGUUUCAGAUGGUGUCUAAAGCGCAGGCUGGACUCAUAUCCCAGUCUCUGUCUUAUUUUAACUUCGGCUAGUCUCUUAUGUACAAUUAAAGUCCCGUUACUCUCUUUAUAUUGUGCUUUAUUUAAUGACAGCUCCUGCUCCUCUAAUACUCAAUAAUGUACAGUCCCAGUACUGAUCAACUAUUUUAUCACAGUAUUAUUUAUUGCUUUCAUUUCAAUAAAAUACUGAAACCUAUUUUCCACUGCCAAUAAAAUAAUUCUUUAUGAA